AUGAUGCGACCCAGGGACCCUCGGGUCCGUCAAACAAUCAAUCAAAUCUCCCACAAUCUUGAAUCCGCAAAUGAGACGGCCCAGGAAGGGCUCUAUACAUUCUCACACAACUACAUAUUUCCCUGCUUUGCGACAGUAGGGAACUGUGUCUACACAUGCACUGCGCCCUGUCUACCGAGUCGGCAGGACCAACUGCGCCGCCGAAGGCGGGGUCGUGCAGAGGCCAGCUUCGACUUCUACGACGAUUGGGAUAAUGAUGAUGCGAAUGAUGGUCUUUUGGGCUGGGGCACCGAUGAGCUUGACCGUCUGCUGGCAGGGAGCGGUCUUACACGCGGGGGUGCAGAACAGCCGCGCAGGCAGCGCAAAAUGAGUUACGGCACUCGGGGUCCUCGACGGAAGAGCAGCGUUAUGGUUCCUGAUACUCGAAAUGAUCCGACUGUCAUUCCGAGUUCAUCGUUCUUGGGAUUCCUGGAGCGGUUCCCAUGGAGGAUUGGUGCAAGGGGUUUGAAAUACCGACCGUCCGCUGCGGAUCUCCAGGAACACCCUACAGGGUUGCGCCGACAUGCAUAUGAGGAUGAGCCUCUGAUGGAGGCAGCUGAAGAAGACGAGGAGCAGGCCUCCUCGCGCAAAAAUGGGCGAUACCGUAGUGCUACGCAGUCGUCGCGUGAAACCGGAACUUCCUUGAGCUCUAGAGGGGAUCUAUUUCCUAGCGAUGAUGAAGAAGAUGCUGUCCCCUUGGAUGAUGAAUUUGCCCUAACAUUAGCCAGUCGUCGAGGGACCGGGUUGGAAUCGGAUGAUCAGCUUAGUGAUAAGAUUGUCGGGGUGAAGCGAUCCAUGUCCGGGACCUUUAGUCUUGGAACUUCUGCUUCAAAGGGCUCAGGGAAGAAGAAGAGCCGAUUGCGGGAGGCACAGAGCCCUCAAGAGUGGCACUCUCGCGAUCCAAGCGCAGCUUCCUUGGUGGAUCUGAAAAGAGAAGAAGAGCAAGCAGAACGUGAAGAAGAAACAGAAGUGGCCCAGAAACGGGUUGCUGCACAGAAAUUGGCUGCAAGCCGUGGUCUCGAUCAAAAUCAAGACAAGACAUCCAGUCCGAUUCACGACCAUCCUACGGAUACUCUUCGACUUCAGCCUCAGACAUAG